AUGAUGGCAAGAAAGUUAUUACCUAAACUCAGAGGAAAAACUUUUGCUUUAUUUCUGUCACUGCUGACUCUGUGCUUCGUGCUGUUCAACAAUGUGAGACGCAACAUCCAUGAAUAUUCAUCUCCACCUGUAGACACCCAGACUUUUCACAAGUACAACAUCAACUGUUUGGGUAUAUAUGACUUGGACCCAGUGGAGGUUGAGAAAUCACUAAUCAUUAGAAAAAACAAACUUGAAAAGGACACAGACGAAAGUCUGUCUAAUCUCACCACAAACUGUCCACUCUUCAUCAAGGCAAGAGGAUAUGGUGAUGUGUGUGUCUCUGAGGAGGAGACAGACUUUCCUAUUGCUUAUUCUUUGGUUGUUCAUAAAUACGCAUGGAUGGUGGAAAGGCUAAUCAAGGCAAUCUACUCCCCUGUAAACAUCUACUGUAUCCACUAUGAUGAAAAGUCUUCAGCUGAGUUCAAAUCAGCCAUUCGAGGUUUGGCUGGCUGUUUACCCAACGUCUUCAUCACUUCAAAGCGAGAGGUCGUUGACUAUGCUGGCUUCACUCGAUUACAAGCUGAUCUCAACUGCCUGUCAGAUCUUCUGAGGUCAGAAGUCAUGUGGAAGUACAUCAUCAACCUCUGUGGCCAGGAUUUCCCCCUCAGAACAAACAUAGAGCUGGUGUCAGAGCUGAAGGAGUUGAACGGAGCAAACAUGCUCGAGACGUUUCGACCAUCUGAAUAUAAAAAGAAGAGAUUCAAAUUUCACCAUGAGCUGAGGGACACCAAAUAUGAAUACAAAAAAAGUCCGAAAGCAACAGAAAAGUUAAAGUCACCGCCUCCAUAUGACAUUGAAAUGUUUGUUGGCAGCGCCUACUUCGUCUUAUCACGAGACUUCAUUGUUUACAUGAACUCCUCAGCUGUGGUGAAGGACUUCCUAAAGUGGUCAGAGGACACCUACUCUCCAGAUGAACAUUUCUGGGCUACACUUGUACGAAUACCAGGUGUACCAGGAGAAGUGUCCCGGGUACAGUCUGAUAUUACUGGCCUGAUGGUUAAGACUAGGCUUGUAAAGUGGAAAUUCCAGGAAGGAAAAAAGUAUCCACCUUGCACUGGGAAACAUAGACGCAGUGUUUGUAUUUUUGGUGCAGCAGAAAUUCGCUGGUUACUCAACUGUGGUCAUUGGUUUGCCAACAAAUUUGACACUAAAGUGGACCCAAUUGCAAUUCAAUGCCUUGAGGAGAAACUAGAGGAAAGAAAAAAGUGGUUCCAAUCAGCAGUAUCUACUACGUGUACCUAA